AUGGCCACUGCUGCCUCGAUCAAUCAGCAACUCCAAACCGCUUUCCCCUGUGAUCCUCUUGUUGAGCCAGCACUCGCCAGCUGCAGUGCAAGCCGCAGGGCCUCCGUCUCCAAUGCAUCCACAGCAUCCCCCUCUCCCGCCGCUAAUGCGUCCAGGACAGCCGGAGCUCCAAGCGCUGCCUGUGACGCAUGCUAUAACAGAGAAUCCCGGUGUGCUUUACAUGGGUCCGUGCAGGAGUGCUAUUCCUGCGAUUUUCGCCGCCAGGAAUGCACCUUUAGGCUUGGUAGCCACCUGGGGAAAAGGAAGCUGGAAGCCUCUGGUCAGGAGAAUGAGUCGAUAAAGAGGCGUGCUCCUAAUGAGUCGACAUCUUCGCCAAUGGCAGCUGCCUCCGAAGCACAGUCGGCGCGUGCUACUCAGACUGAACGCUCGCCCCUCACCACGCAGUAUAUCGGGACAACAACUGAACUAGAGCCAUUCCUUUUAGACUACCUACCUCUUGACCACAAUGGAGAAGGCCAGUUGGCCGCAUCCCACAUUCGCAAGGUUUGCAGUGAUGGGACGUAUGUGCGGAUGAUGGAUAACGCUCAACCAGGACCAGACACUCUGGCUAUCACUGUGGAAACAAUUGAAAAUUUGGUCACCCCUUUCGGCCCAUCUUUGAUUGAAAAGUUUUUUCAAAAUCUUCAUCCCACCUUUCCAAUAUUGUUAGAGGACAAUUUUCGAUCAAUAUAUCAGAAAAAACUAAUACCACCGGUUCUGCUAUCCGCGGUCUAUCUAGUCUCUUUAAAAUGGCUGGAUUCGGGUUCCGGGAUACAAACAUUGCGCAAACCGGAUGCAGCACGUCUGGAGCUCACCGCCCUCAAACUCCUAAACGACUCUAUUACCCGGCCGCAAAUAUGCACCAUACAGGCCGGACUUCUUUUGUCCCAAAAAUCAACUCUCUUCUCAUCCAGACUAAUGUCCCAGCUUGUGACUGCUGCGUUUGAUAUGGGCUUACAUCAGGACUGUUCUCCCUGGAAUAUACCAAACUGGGAGAAAGGUCUUCGAAAAAGGCUUGCCUGGGCUUUAUAUAUUCAGGACAAAUGGUGCGCCCUUGCUCAUGGUCGACCAUCACACAUCUUCGCUCAAAACUGGACUGUUCAAGAACUUUCUUUGGACGAUUUCGAUGACUGCUAUGCAAAUGGCCCGAUUUCCAACGACCCGCCCGCUCACGCCUCUGGGUCUUUGCUCUUUUCCCACCUGAUCACUCUGACCACGAUUCUCUCUGACAUCCUUGACACGUUCUAUACACUUCGUGCCGCCCAAGACUUUGCCAGCGCAGGCGAUCACGCCACCCGCAUCAUCCUUGAACGUGCCAAACCCAUCCAAAUCCGCCUUAAGGAGUGGUUCUCGCGACUUCCACGCGAGCUUAAAAUGGAUUCUUCUCUCAGUCCUAUUGACGAUCAUAACACAGACACUACCGCCAACGGCGGCCUCCAUCUCGCCUACUUUGCCACCGAAAUCACUCUUCACCGUUGUAUCGUCCGUUCCAUUCGCGCUGCGCAUACAGAUGACUACUUAACUCAUAUAUGCCGCUCCGCCGCAAAGACCCGUCUAAUUUCUGCCAUGGACUUCGUCAAUCGACUCCGUCCAAACCACCUGCGUGCCUUCUGGCCAGCAGCCUCACGUACUAACUUCGCACUUAUCGUGGGCUUUGGUAUGCUCUUGCGCGUCACGGCUCAGACAAGGGAAGAGGAAGAAUUCUAUAGUCUGCGGCUAGGCGAGUAUCGGUGGACGCUGGAAGUCAGUAAGCGCCACGCAGCGUUCCUAGGAUGGGUGGUGGAGUGCUUGGAUGUCAUGAGCGGUGUUGUUAGAGAUGUUAGGCUGGAAAAGCCAGUUUUGGAGGAUUAUAUGGCCCAGGUGAGCCCUCCGGACGAUCGUGCACCCCCGCCGCCACCGCCACGGCGGCAUGGCCAAGGUGGUCGUUGGGCGGAUGCGAAGGACGGGGAGGAUGAUGGAGGAUCCAUUAGCGCGAAUAGUUCGACAACCAGGAAGCAGUAUAUGAAGUCCAUUGGCCCAUCGUUGUCGGUGUCUGCGUUGGCAUCUCCGGCUACAUCUGUCUCGGGAGGCAGUCGACGCGGGAGUGCGGUUGUUCCAGCGGAAGAAAGGAAUGUAAUGAAUGUGGCAGACCGGGCGUAA